GUUUGGAUUUCUUUGUAUGUGUGCAUUAUUUGGGUUGAUGCCGACAUCUGGUGAAAAUUUCAUGUCAAUAGCUCGAUUAGAAAUAUUUUUUUUGAGAGAAAUGUUGACGUGUUCAAUACUUAUUUUCCCCGCUGUAUAUCGCUGCCUAGCAACAGUGAUAGCGCUGUUGCUAUGUACUAGGUCCCACUCAUACUUGGGUCAGUCAGUAAAUGACUAUUGUAUUGAAGUGCGUUUGUUUAAAAAAAAAAAAAACAGCCAUAUAUUCCAAAUCAAACCAUUGACUUCCUCCAGGUAGUUUAGUAGGAACUAACAUGGUUAAAUUACACAUUGUCUAUUCUGCAUCUCCAAUAUAUAAACAACAGAAUAUGUGCCAUUGUUUUUUUUAUAAGCUCUUUAAAAAUACAAAACAUUUGUGAACGUGUACUCUGUAUAAAAUGUAUAUUUAAGUUCAUGUUCAAUGGUUUGAUACUUGGUUAUUUAUAACCCUGUGAGAAAUAUGUGAUAAUUAAUAAGUAAUUAAUAAAAAGGUUAUAUUAAAAUAAACAUGUGAGGCAGACAUAUCAUCCGAGAACUUUGGUUAGUGCCCUCAUUUCUUUUUAUGACGGAAUUGAAACGAGGAAUCGGAACCGGAAACGUUCAAAUUCAAAGGCCCAAUCUUACCCCUGCAACCCUUCACUAAAAUAUCUGUUUUACAUACAUUCAGUUUAGCAAUGACACAAUUUGUUGAUGGGUCAUGUUCGUGUCCACGUGUACGGUGCUGUUUCACUCAUCAGCCUCACACACACACGCACACGCACACGCACACGUACACACGUCACAAUGUCACGCUAGCAAGGACUUUGUAACAUAGUGGAAGUUGACACACUGCAUGAGAGCAGCCAAGAGAAGAAGAUUUUGCGAUGGCUCUGGAGAAGGAGAGCAAAGAGCUGCUGUGGGAAACAUUCAUGGGACUGAAGCAGGUCGACUUCAAGGCCUUCAAGUUUCACAUGCACCUGCAGAAGAGCAUCGAGGAGGAGGCAGACCUGAUGGAUGUGAUCCACGAAUUGGACAAGAGGCAUGGCAACCAGGCCGUGGAGGAGGCCAUCAAGAUUCUAGAGAAAAUCAAAAUAUUAAAUUUGGCAGAAAAGCUACGCACAGACUUCCAGGUGCUAAGAGCUUCUGCCUCUGAGACCAAAAAAGCCAACCGGCCACAAACAAAGGGGAAGGGGCGCCUCAAGCGUCAAAGCAGUACCAUAUUCUCUGUAUCUGCUGACGAUAUUGCACAAUACAAGUGGGAGUACCAAGACAACCUGCGAAGCGACUACAUCAACGCUCCGGAGGGUGAGACUGAGCGCAGCCAUCAGCAGCCGCUAGCGGACGUCUACAUGGACCUCAACAUCACCUACGGUGGGGUUGCGAGUCCCGACACGCAGCAUGAGGCUCUUUACAUGGAGAUGUGUGCCGCGGUUGACAAAUCUAUUGAGCCACGGAAUAUUUUCAAAAGCUCAAGCGGAAAGCCACAACCCAUACGCAUGCUGUUGACUGUGGGCAUCGCAGGGAUUGGCAAGACCUUCCUGGUGCGCAAGUUUGUGCUGGACUGGGCUCACCGAAAAACAAACAAAGAUGUGCAAUUUAUAUUUCCCUUCACAUUCCGUGAGUUGAACUUGGAGAAGGGAAAAAAGUUUUCACUGGCGGGGCUGAUCAGACACUCGAUCUACCAGGCCGAGCCCUUCAGUGUGGAAAUGCUCAACGCCAUCUUUGUGCGACUGCAGGUAUCAGGGAAGCGAGACUACGAGAGCGCCCCCAUUAAGAUUGUCUUUGUGUUUGAUGGAUUGGACGAGUGCCGCCUCAAGCUGGACCUGACGGAGAAGAAGCCGGUGAACUUGGAUGUGACCAAGGCCUACCCGGUGGAGGUUCUGCUGGCACAUCUCAUCAAAAGGAACCUGCUUCCCUGCGCUCGCGUGUGGAUCACCACACGUCCGGUGACAGUCCGUCAGAUCCCUCCGAAGCUCAUUGACAGCACAACGGAGGUGAAAGGAUUUAAUGAUUUCCAGAAGAUUGAAUAUUUCAGGAGGAGGUUCUCAAAUCAGGAACAUAUUGUCUCCUACAUCCAGAAAUCUCGCACCAUUUUUGUGAUGUGCAGUAUGCCCAUCUUCUGCUGGUUAACAGCAACAGUUCUGCAGGAUUUUUUGGACACUGGGAAGGAGGGAGAGUUGCCCGAAACACUGACUGACAUGUACACAGAGUUCCUGCUUUACCACCUGAAUAAAGGACAGAAGAGACACAAAAAGAAGGUUAUCCAGAAUGUCCAGGCCUUAGCAAAACUGGCUUUUCACCACCUGAUGAAAAACAAUCAGAUCUUCUACGAGAACGACCUGCGGGACGGUGGCUUCGAUUUCCUCAAAGCUGCAAAGGACUCUGGAAUAUUCACAGAAGUUUUUAAGCCGAUUCGGCCACUGCAAAAAAAUCAACAGUGCAAGAUGUUUGAGUUCAUUCACCAGAGCAUACAGGAAUACCUGGCUGCUCUGUAUGUGAUGAUGUCCCUCCUGAAUGACAACAAGAACAUUCUAGCAGAGUCCGAUCUGUCAGUGGAAGGCAUUCUUACACUUUGCAAGCAAAAAUCCAUCACAAAGCUCCAUGAGAUGGCUAUUCACAAAGCGUCCAAGAGUGAGGGACUCCUGGACUUGUUCCUCCGCUUCCUGUUGGGCCUUUCUUUGCAGUCCAACCAGAAUCUCCUUAAGGGCCUAUUGAAGAUUCCUAAGGGCUCUUGGCAAAGCAACGCAGACACCAUCAAGUUUAUCAAGAAAAAGAUAGAGGAGAACUCUCCGGAGAAGAACAUCAACUUGUUCUACUGCCUUAACGAGCUGAAGGAUGAUUCCUUGCUGGAGCAGAUCCAACAGUACGUGAGUUCCGAAGGUUUGUCCACAGAUAACUUGCCUCCCUCUAUGUGGUCAGCCCUGGUAUUCUUCCUACGCUCCUCUGACCACGCUAUGAAGUCCUUUGAACUAAAGAGGUACUCGGCUUCGCCAAUGGGCCUUCUGAUGUUGCUGCCAGUGGUCAAAGCUUCACACAAAUCACUGCUCAACGACUGCAACCUGACGAAGAGCAGCUGUCAGCUUGUGGCCUCGGUUCUCAGCUCACAGUCCAACCUGAGAGAGCUGGAUCUCAGUGACAACAACUUGCACGAUGCAGGCAUCAAGCUCCUCUCUGCUGGACUGGAGACACCGCAGUGCACUUUGCAGGUUCUCAGGCUCUCAGGCUGCAUGAUCACCAAGAUAGGGUGCAUGGCACUAGCCAAGGCUCUCAAGUUAAACCCCUCUCACCUGCGAGUGCUGGACCUGAGCUACAAUCAUCCAGAAGAGCAUGGAAGUCAGGUCCUGAGGGAGACUCAGAUGGAUCCCAGCUCCAGCCUAGAGAGUGUCAAUUUGCAGCAUGGCGGCAAAGAACGUUUGAUUCCCGGCAUAAAGAAAUACAUCAACAGACCGACUUUGGACCCCAACACGGCCCACAAAAACCUCUGUCUGUCUGACCACUGCAAGAAGGUGACUGUGGUACUGGAGGAGCAGCCAUAUCCCUCAAACCCACAGAGGUUUAACUGUUGGCGUCAGGUUCUAUGUCGCACCGGGCUAACGGACCGCUGCUACUGGGAGGUUGACUGGGAAGGAAAGGUCGACAUUGCCGUGACGUACGAUGGAAUCAGACGGAUCGGGGAGGGUGUUGACGGCUGCCUGGGAGCCACAGACAUCUCCUGGGCGCUGCUCUGCGAUAAGGAUGGCAUUUACGUGCGACACAAGGACAUAACUGUUGACCUGGGCUCCGACCCCUUUCCCACAUCCAAAAAGGUGGCUGUGUUUUUGGACUAUCCUGCCGGGAAGCUGUCCUUCUACAAAGUGAAGGCAGAGGAGAGAGCGCUGCUGCACACAUACGAGCACACUUUCACAGAGCCACUCUAUCCUGCCUUUGGCUUUGGCUUUGACUUUGACAAUGGUUAUUCCGCCUUUGGGAGCUCCGUGACGCUUGGCGGCGACUUUGUCUUCACCCGCUUCUGAUCCUCAACCACAACAAGAGGGGGUGGCGCAGUCAACCGUCAGGAGGGCUUGAAUAUUAGUGCAGACUGGCUAACAUGGCAUUCUCAGCAUGCAGUUUGCUUCACUGUUUGGAGAUCACAGUCCUAGAGUCCUUUUUUGGACAUCCACAGAUUUGAAGCAUUUAAAGUCAAGAUGCUUAGGAUGAUGCAUGUGUACUUGUGUGGAAUAGGGUUGAGUUCUUGUUGUCAAAUAAGUUUGUUGUUUUUUUCCACUUUUAUUUGCAUACAGGAGUGUGCUGUUAAUCCCUCCCAGAAACUAAGUCCAGAGAGGAGCCCUCUCAAAAUCUUUUGUUGUGUUGCAAGCCAAAUAAAAUCCAAAAUCCAAAUGAGGCACUGGAAGCAGGUACCAGGUAGAACCCAAAAAGUUUAUUCCAAAUAGCCGAGAUGCACACACUACAAUGAGACAGAGGCCCGUUGAGUCAGCCUUAGUGACUUCACAGCAUAAAACCUUUAUUUCUACUCAGCACUCCGGCGGCCUCUAGUGGACAAAAAUACUAAUUGCAAUUUCAUUUGCAAUGUCAGCCUUUCACACAUAAAGGUUAAUAGUUCAGGUUUAUCUAUUGGAAUCCAAUGUUUUAAUAUAUACGAUUACACAGUGACACAGGUUAUAAGUUAUGUAAAAUACAACGAAAUAGAACAAUAGACUCUUUUUUUUUCCUAAAAAGGACACUUCUAGUUGCAGGGCUACCUCUAUAUAGUGUUUGUUUUGUAGGACCUUGCCAUCAAACGUAGGCACAUUUGGCCCAGCCUGCUGCUCCGUCGGCGCCCGGUGUUGUGCCCAGGAGGCUCAUUCCAAGUGUGCUUGGCGCUGCUUCGCAUCCUUUCAUACGUGAAGGUGUUUCACGUGGCUGAGAUGCACUGCUGUGGAGUUAGAGCGAAAAUGACACAAAGUGUUUCACUCGCUGCGAUCAUGUAUUUCAAGCACGCUGGAGGCUGCGUGCUGCAAUUCGGCUCCAAUAAUGUCACACGUGUGCCCCGUGCCAAAAAGCGCCCCACUCGCCUCAACAACUCUUCCCCGUAGUUUGGUCGUUUGGAAUGCAGUGAAAUUACGUCAGCUGCUGGCCACAAAAUGAAUAUAGGUAAUUACUUGCACAUUUCAUAUUUGUCAUUUGUUAUACAGAAAUAAAUAAAUGGCCGAACAAAUGUGUUACAAAGCGCCAAAAUUACAUUGUGAAUGUCUAACCCGCUCCUCUCACCGUAUUCCUGGAUACGCAUGCGUCAAAUGCUUGACAUACGUAACACAUUUUCUUGUCUAAACAAAAAAGAGUUGUCUCGUCUGCAACAGGUUCAAAAUUCUGCUGCGCGGUUAUUGACUCGAUGCAACAGAAGGGCUCACAUCAGGCCGAUUCUGAAAGCUCUCCAUUGGCUCCCGGUCUCAUUCCGUGUGAAUUUUAAAAUCCUGGUGCUCACUUUUAGAGCCUUGCAAGGCCAGGCCCCUGUCUACAUACGAGACUUGUUGCGUCCCUAUACCCCCUCUCGGAGGCUGAGAUCGUUCAAUCGAUCGAUCAAUCAAUCGAUCGAUCAAAAUUUACUCAUGGUCCCUCGUAGUCGUUUUAGGACCCGAGGAGACCUAUCUUUUGAGGUUGUUGCGCCGAGGCUCUGGAAUGACCUUCCACCCUCCCUACGUUCGCUUGACUCUGUCGAUGCAUUUAAGAGUAACCUUAAAACUCACUUGUUUUUGCAGGCAUACCCAGCUCAGUAGAUUUAGGGUACUAUGACCAUCAUAUAUUUAUGUCUAUUUUAUUGUAUACUGUUUUUAUGUACUGUUUUAUGUCUAUUUUUAUUGUACAUUGUUUUAUUGUAUUUUUUAUGUGUAUUUUAACUCUGUGUUUUGCCUUUUGUGAAGCACUUUGUGACUUCUGUCUGAGAAAGGUGCUAU